CUUGUUAAGGCGGAGGAACAAGAGAACGAAACAAAAAGCAAACUGGAUUUGCCAAAAGGAAGGGGGAGAAAGUUAUAUUAGAAGAAGAAGACUCCCCGCCUGAGAUAGAUAGGUAAGAGUGCGAGAAAUCCUCCGGCCACUGAGAAGAGAGAUCUCCACCACGCAAACCUACCCCCUUCGCUUCUUCCCCUCUUUCACGUUUCCCGUUCCCCUUACGUUUUAGAUCUCCAUAACAAGAACUCCUCACCAAAAGCAAAACAUCGAAAGAAAUUUCUACUUCGCCACUGUUGGUUGAUUCCCUCCUUUCAAAAAAAAAUCCCCAAUAGUAGCCUGUUUCUUUUCCUCUCUCGCGGAACCUAUUGUGAAAAAUCAUUCAUUACCCAUCGAUUAUCUGCCGGCGACUAAUGUAUUAGAGCCAGGAAGGACGAAACUUUCGUUCGUCGGGUAUGCGGUGACAGUGGGGUUUGUCAAAGGUUCCACCUCUUCUUCAGAAACCAUGGCUUCUUCAAUCGCAGAACUCCGCGAGAAGCAUCAGAAGGAGCUGGACAAUCUGAAUUUUACAACACAACCAUUCAAGACAUUGAAGUUUUUUAUUUUGGCUGUAGUUCAGUAUUUUAAGCGUUGUGUAUUAUACCUUUUUGCGAAAGGUGGAUGGCUGUUACUUUUGAGUGCUGUGGUGGUGGCUUCUGUUUUUCUUGUGGCUACUGUCGAUGGUCCUCAUGGAAAGCACGUAGAAGAAAUCUCUCAUUAUUUUCAAUUUGGAUUGUGGUGGAUAGCUCUUGGGGUUGCAUCAUCAAUCGGUCUAGGAUCUGGUCUGCACACUUUUGUCCUUUAUCUGGGUCCUCAUAUUGCCCUGUUCACAAUAAAGGCAAUGCAGUGUGGCCGAGUUGAUUUAAAGAGCGCCAUAUAUGAUACCAUACAGCUCGAUAGAGGUCCUUCGUGGCUUGAUAAAGAUUGUGAUGAGUUUGGUGACCCAGUAUUUCAGUCAUCCAACUUGUUGCGGGUGCCGCUGAGCAGCAUAUUGCCACAGGUCCAGAUAGAAGCUGUCUUGUGGGGUGUUGGAACUGCACUUGGAGAGCUACCUCCUUACUUCAUCUCAAGAGCUGCACGUUUAUCGGGCAGCAAGUUUGAUGCAAUGGAGGAAUUGGAGGCAACAUCUGCUGACGAUGACGGAGUCAUAGCAACACACCUGAAGACGAUCAAACGCUGGCUUAUGUCGCAUGCACAGCAUCUGAACUUCUUCACAAUUUUGGUGCUUGCUUCGGUGCCAAAUCCCCUAUUUGACCUAGCCGGUAUCAUGUGUGGACAAUUUGGGAUCCCAUUCUGGAAAUUCUUCCUUUCAACAGUGAUUGGCAAGGCUAUCAUUAAGACACACAUACAGACGGUAUUCAUAAUCUGUGUUUGCAAUAAUCAACUCCUUAACUGGAUAGAGAACGAGAUGAUUUGGAUGCUGAGUUUUGUACCUGGGUUGGCGUCGAUCCUGCCCAACGUGAUAACCAAACUCCAUGAGAUGAGAGAAAAGUUCCUCGCACCAACCCCUGCUCUCCCCAGUACCAAGCAGGGUAAAAAAUGGGAUCUCUCAUUUGCUGCAAUUUGGAACACUGUGGUGUGGCUCAUGCUCCUCAACUUCUUCUUCAAGAUCGUGAGCUCAACAGCACAGAGAUAUCUGAAAAAGCAGCAGGACAAGGAGGUAGCCGCCAUCUCAGCUUCAACCCAUUCAGAUUAGGAAAACACCGGAUGAUCUCGAAAACAUAGAGAGACAAAACCAUUACACAUUCCCUUUCUUCCUUGUUUUAUUAGAUAAGGGAAGAGGUCUAGAUGAAUUGGGCACAUCUCAUUUCCUUCUGCACCUUUAAUGACUGCUUGCUAUUGUUCUAGCUCAGCUACCCGGCGCAGGAACCACUUUUACCAUAAGAAAAGAGCAUGUUUACUACUCACUUAGAAGCCAACCAUGUAUAGAGCCUUUUAGGGGAAGCAAGGAGGAUUCAUGAUUUCUGUGCUUUGAUGGGGAUUUAGCAUGUUUAUCUGGGUAGUCAUUUUCGUCUUUCCCUGCGGUGGAAAAUGCAAAUGAAUGAAUGUUGUUAUUGUCUCUAUACAUUUUUCGCCAAAUUGAAUACACGGAUUAUGUGGUCGAACAGAAGAGAAUGCGUUCUUUAUUUUC